AUGAACUUCCAAUCGCGUGUAUCCACAGCCACCGUGCACAAACUCCUCUUCGCCGACUACUGUGCCCUGAACACCACCUCGGAAGAGGAGAUGCAACGGAGCAUGGACCUAUUCUCCGCCGCCUGCGAGAACUUUGGGCUGGUUAUCAACACGCAGAAGACGGUGGUGAUGCAUCAACCGCCACCCAACUCAGUCACAGCCCCCAACGCGCCGCCGCAAAUCAGCGUGAACGGAACCCAACUGCAAGUGGUGGAGAACUUCCCGUAUCUGGGCAGUACCCUCUCCCGCAACAGCAAGAUCGACGACGAAGUCGCCAACAGGAUCUCGAAAGCCAGUCAAGCCUUCAGUCGUCUCCGAAGCACAGUUUGGAAUCGCCACGGUCUCCAACUGAGCACAAAGCUGAAGAUGUACAAGGCCGUCAUCCUGCCGACGUUACUGUACGGAGCAGAGACAUGGACGGUGUACACGAGACAGGCACGCCGACUGAACCACUUCCACCUCAGUUGUCUCCGUCGCAUCCUGAGGCUGAACUGGCAGGAUCGAAUCCCCGACACUUAA